AUGAAAGGCUUCGGAAAAAUUCUCUUUUUUCCACGUUAUCUAUUUACUCUUUCUUUUAUUUUCUUUUUCGUUUGUUAUUUCGAAGACGCGCUUGCGGCUCCUCCUACUACUAGUACUAGGCAGCAUUUCUUGUGUCGUCCCGAACAAAGGGAUGCACUUCUCGCUUUCAAAAACGAGUUUGAGAUUGGAAAGUUUAAUAAUUAUUGUUCAAACGAUGGUCAUCGGAAGACGGAGUCAUGGGGGAAUAACAGCGACUGUUGUAGUUGGACGGGUAUCACGUGCAAUGCCAAGUCCGGAGAAGUGAUCGAGCUACACCUUCGCUGCAGCGGCCUCCAUGGUCAGUUUCAUUCCAAUAGCAGUCUUCAAAACCUUCCUUUUCUAAGCACUCUUGACCUUUCAUAUAACAAUCUUACUGGCCAAAUCCCAGAUUCCAUUGGAAAUCUUUCUAAUCUUAUCACUCUCAGCCUUUCGGAAAAUUAUUUCAGUGGUCGGGUUCCAUCUUACAUUGAAAACCUUUUUCAGCUAACCUCUCUCCAGCUUAUGUAUAAUCAAUUUUCUGGUGAAAUCCCAAAUUCAAUUGGAAAUCUUUCUCAACUCACUGAUCUCCGCCUUUUUGGAAACAAUCUCGUAGGUGAAAUUCCAUCUUCUUUUGGCAAUCUAAACCAGCUGACCUACUUAUUUGUUGGUAGCAAUAUGCUCAGUGGAAAUUUUCCCAAUGUACUAUUGAACUUGACAAGUUUGUCAUAUUUAGAUAUCUCCUACAAUCAGUUCAGUGGCGCGCUUACUCCAAAUAUCACUUCACUAUGGAACUUGGGAAAUUUUCACGCACAUGGCAACGCUUUCAGUGGAACUAUCCCUUCUUCUCUCUUCACCAUUCCUUCUUUGACUCAAAUUUUUUUGAGUGGUAACCAACUCAACGGCACUCUUGAGUUUGGUAAUACAUCUUCACCAUCUAACCUAGAACAAUUAAUCCUUGGCAGAAACAACUUCAAAGGGCCAAUACCGAGAUCCAUUUCCAAAUUAGUCAACCUUUCGUAUCUUGACCUUUCUCAUUUCGACACCCAAGGCCGUCCAGUUGACUUCAGUAUCUUCUCGCCUCUCAAGUCACUCGAAGAUCUUGCCCUUUCCCAUUUAAACACCAUCACUACGAUUGACUUGAAUGAUAUAUUUUCAUAUUCCAAAAGCCUUUCUACAUUAGAUCUCUCAGGCAACCAUGUUUCAACAACAAACAAAAGUUCUGUUUCAAAUCCCCCUUCACAGAAGAUAGAAUUUUUGCACUUGUCAGGCUGCGGUAUCACCGAGUUUCCAGCAGAGCUCCUAAGAACCCUACAUGGAAUUGAAUUUCUAGACAUCUCCAACAACAAAAUCCAAGGUCAAGUUCCUGACUGGUUAUGGACUCUACCAAAUUUGUACUACCUGAAUCUUUCCAAUAACACGUUCAUCAGUUUCCAAACAUCAAAGAAGAAACAAGGACUAUCCUCUGUCCGGAAACCAUUAUUGAGGUGCUUGCUUGGCUCCAACAACAACUUCUCUGGCAAGAUUCCUUCUUUCAUAUGCGAGUUUCGUUCUCUAAACAUUCUCGAUCUAUCUGAUAACAACUUUAACGGUUCAAUCCCUCCUUGUUUGGGAAACCUCAAUAAUACUCUUUCAGAUCUAAACCUUCGUCAUAAUAAUCUUAGCGGAGGUCUUCCAAAGGAUAUAUUUGAAAGCCUAAGGUCGCUUGACGUCGGUCAUAACCAACUUGUGGGAAAGCUCCCAAGAUCUUUGAAUAGUUUCUCUACUCUUGAAGUUUUGAAUGUGGAAAGCAACAGAAUCAACGACACAUUUCCUUUAUGGUUGGGUUCUCUACAAAAGCUGCAAGUUCUUGUCCUUCGCUCCAAUGCAUUUCAUGGACCAAUUCAUCAAGCCUCCUUCCCUCAGUUGCGAAUCAUCGACAUAUCACAUAAUUACUUCGAUGGAACUUUGCCAUCAGCGUACUUUUCAAAGUGGAGUGCUAUGUCAUCACUUAGGACCGACGAAGAUCAGUCUUCCGGAAAGUACAUGGGAGAUAAAUCACUCGUUAUGUAUAUGGGAGAUAGCUAUUACCAAGAUUCAAUGGUUUUGAUGAAUAAAGGUGUAGAGUUGGAGCUGGUACGUAUCCUUCAAAUCUUGACAGCAAUCGACUUUUCGGAAAACAAAUUUGAAGGAGAGAUUCCAAAGUCCAUCGGUCUAUUAAAAGAGCUUUGUGCGCUUAACUUGGCAAACAAUGCAUUCACUGGCCGCAUCCCUUCAUCUAUGGGGAAUCUGAGAGUUCUCGAGUCGUUGGAUGUUUCCCAAAACAAGCUUUCAGGAGAAAUUCCACAAGAGCUAGGGGAGCUCUCGUUCCUUGCGUACAUGAAUUUCUCUCAUAACCAGCUUUCAGGUCUACUACCAGGAGGAAAUCAGUUUCAAACGCAGCGUUGCUCUUCCUUUGGAGAUAAUCCGGGACUUGUUGGCUCUUCUCUUGACAAAGUUUGCAGAGUUAUUCACACACCACCAGCAUCACAUCAACAAUAUGAAACGCCGGAAUCAGAGGAAGAAGACGAAGAAGAGGUGAUUAGUUGGAUAGCAGCUGCAAUAGGAUUCAUACCUGGUGUUUUCUGUGGUUUGACGAUUGGAUACAUAUUGCUUUCCUAUAAACCAAAGUGGUUCACGAACCCUUUCGGCCGAAACAAUCGUAGACAGAGAAGCACUACAACUCACUAGAGAGGCUUAAAGCCUAUCUGAAGAAUCUGGACGGGGAAAGUCAAAGUAACUACUCAUUAAGCCAGCUUUGUCCAAAUCCAGAUUGGUUUAGAUUUCUGUUAAGUUUUGCUUUGUGCGUUUCUCUUUUACUCUGUUUUUUGCCAACUUUGUAGUUGAGCAACUCUGUUUCGAACCUUAAAUUACUCUCCCUUUAUAUGCACAUGUAAUUUAUUUUUUCCUGCAAUGUUAUCUUUACUUUUCCU